CCUCAGAGCUACUCGGAGGUGUUAGUUGUCAAUAUGGCUGUUGUCAGACAGACAAAGCAGAGAGGCAAAUAAUUCGCCUCUGAUUAGAAAUCCUUGGGAAGGGGUCGGAUAGGGCACUGGAAUCAGAGUGCAUUACUGUUCAGCUGCGGGAAAAGGCACAGCGGGUCUUUGCUCAAGUUACAAAGUUAAAUGGUUAAGCGGACGAUUUGAAGCGAGCAGCAGGAUGUCUGAGUUCAGCGAGGAGCCGCGCUUCACUAUUGAGCAGAUAGAUCUGCUGCAGCGGCUGCGACGCACCGGCAUGAACAAGCAGGAGAUCCUGCACGCGCUUGACACUCUGGACCGGCUGGACCGGGAGCACGGCGACAAGUUCGGCCGCCGCACCUCUUCCUCCUCCUCCUCCUCGUCCUGCUACGGAGUAGGCGGGGCAAACAGCUGCACCAACAACUCUGCCUCUAAUACUACUACAUCAUUCAACAAUAACAACACUGCCUCGGCAACCACCACCUCUUCCGUGACAUGCAACGGCAACAACAGUGCCGAGGGCGGCACCGGCGAUCAUUCGGCGGCAGCCGCCUCUUCCACGACCUCCAAAAUCUCCACUGCCACGCAGACGCAGUUUGGCAGCGGAGGGGGACUUUCGCCAUCUCCUAGCAAUAGCUACGACACCUCCCCGCCUCCAGGCCCACCGCCGCCUUCCGCCAUCUUGCCCUCACCGGUCUCACUGGUUGCUCUGUCACAGAACGGUCGGGAUAGUCUAGCUGCCACGCCCAACGGGAAGCUGUCUCCACCAAGAUACCCAGUGAACAGUGCAGCCGCAGCACGAGCGUUUGGGUUUGAAGCUACAGAUGAGGACCUGGAUAUCGACGACAAGGUGGAGGAGCUGAUGAGGAGGGACAGCAGCAUGGUGAAGGAGGAGAUCAAGGCAUUCCUGGGGAACAGGAGGAUCUCUCAGGCAGUGGUGGCGCAAGUUACCGGCAUCAGCCAGAGCAGGAUCUCCCAUUGGCUACUGCAGCACGGCUCCGACCUGAGCGAGCAGAAGAAGAGGGCCUUCUACCGCUGGUACACGCUGGAGAAAACCACACCAGGUGCCACUCUAAACAUGCGGCCAGCUCCGUUACCUCUGGAGGAAAUGGAGUGGAGGCAAACCCCACCCCCCAUCACCACUGCCCCCGGAACCUUCCGGCUGCGUCGAGGAAGUCGCUUCACAUGGAGGAAAGAGUGCCUGGCUGUAAUGGAAAGCUACUUCAACGACAACCAGUACCCAGAUGAGGCCAAACGGGAGGAGAUAGCAAACGCCUGCAAUGCUGUUAUCCAGAAGCCAGGGAAGAAGCUGUCUGAUCUGGAGAGAGUCACCUCCCUGAAAGUUUACAACUGGUUCGCCAACCGUCGCAAAGAGAUCAAGAGACGUGCUAACAUUGAAGCCACAAUCCUGGAGAGUCAUGGGAUAGAUGUCCAGAGUCCAGGGGGACACUCCAACAGUGACGACAUCGAUGGGAACGACUUCUCAGAGCAGGCGUGUGACCUGCCCUAUUUUGACAAGAGACCUCUCAGCCGACCUUUUGGCCUUUACCGACUGGAGCCCACCUCGCCAACACAGGACGACAGCGCAGCGCACAGCGAGCACCAGGACCCCAUCUCUCUGGCUGUGGAGAUGGCUGCUGUCAACCACACCAUACUGGCCCUGUCCAGAACCGGAGGGGUCCCCAACGACAUCAAGACGGAGUCCCUGGAGGACGAAUGAACUGCACAGGAAACAGGACGGAGGAAGAGAGGAACAACGGAGUAGAGAGAGGAAAGGGAAGGAGGAGAGAAACAGGGAGCUAACAAAAAAAAAGAGACCAAAACAACGCUACUUAGUAAACCUUCAGAAUCUGUCCAUCAGCCAGCCCCCUGCCAGCUGCUCCUCCUCUCCAGGCCUCCCUCCUCCUCUCCCCUCGUCCUCCCUCACAGUCCAUGUAAACAGUAAUCACCCACCACCCCCGCCCCUCCCUUACCCAUUUUAUUGACACAGCUAGUGGAAACGGGUCACUACAUGAAAAUGUUCUACGGAAAGAAGAAAAGGGGGCAAUCAAGGCCUCUAACCCCCAAAUCUGUGGCCCUCAACUGGGAUCUGUGUCUCUGGGGAACUCCCCUUUCUCUCUCCUCACAGGAUACCUCUUCUUCCCCCUCUCCUCCUCCUUACUUCCCCUCUCCUCCAGCCUGGUUGUCUGAGCCGAUCCUCAGUCUUUCUCACCUCAGCGUCAACCUCAGAAAAAUAACGUGUACUGUAUAUAUAAUAUAUAUAUGGUUCUUAUGGUUCUCAGUCACACUCUACCUACCUACCCUCAGAAUGCACCCUCCUCAUCGUGCACCUCAUCUGAAGAGCCUCCAGCCUUUGUGCGGGUAGUGAUGGAUGUGUCCGUCUCCCCCCCCUCCGUGGCAUCGAGGCGCUCCGUAAGGAUAAUAUCGGCGGACAGGAAGUGUCCCGUCACUGUCUCAUAUCCUCUGUAGUUGCCUCUCCUCAGCGGAGCGGCUUUUUUUGCUUUCCCACCUGCUGUUGGAUGAAAACCUCGAGAAAGACGUAGCCUUAAUUUCAUACGGACAACUCCACCUUUUACUUUUUUGCAGCAGGUUUUCACGUUUUUUCCUCACGACAAGGAACGACCAGGAACUUUUUAGCGCGCUUAAAAAAAAAAUGCCAAACUCAAUGUGAAGGUUUCUGUCCAACAGCAGCAUCAGUUCUCUCACCUCCGUUUUUUAGCCACACGGCGACUGGAUAUACAAUCAUUUUUGCCUCUAGCUUCCCAGUGACACUAUUGUUAAGUACUCAAGGCUAUGAGAAUCAAUUUAGGGUCAAUGUGAUAAUCAAACUUAAGCUAUCUAAUAAUAAGGGGAAUCGUGCUUUGUUUUCAAUGUCAUCCAUGCCAAAGGAAAAGAUGCUAGGAGUUACAAGCUAAGAGGCGAAGCUAAUCUUAAAGUGGCGUCCAUCCAAAGCGAUUUCUACUAACCAACUCCUUUGGUAGGUUGUUUGGCUCCUGAGCCAGCAUGGCGCCGUGUGCGAGCUGGACACUACAGCAGGCCUGUGUCAGUGCAGAUAGGUAUUAGCAGCCACACGUAUAAUAACGGUAAAAUACCCCGAAGCUAUUUACUACUUGUUCUGUGACGCUGCCUCUUUAUAAUCGCCUAAAGAAUGUGCUUUCACCAGAUUUUUUUUUUUGAGAUAUCAGUGGUAUCAGAUGAAUCCACACUGGAAAUGGUUCAGAACUUUUCAGAACUGGGGCCAUCUCUGUUUUUAUUUCCUCUAUAUAGUCUCAAAGCUAAAAGCACCACUCUGAAGGGAAUCAGAGACAUUUUAAGUGGUGGUAUUAGAAAUAAAUUUCCACUUUUAUUCGCCCGGGGUGGAACUUCUCCAAAACCAUCUCUGACCAGACAUCAUGGUGAUGUCAUAGGCAGGGAUGAAGUGCCGCAGGGUUCCUUAAAGGUCUCUGGAGGCUCAGUCGUCAUCAAGAAGUAGUGCUUUUUCAAUCGGACAUAGUACAGUUAGAGAGAAGUUACGUGAUUGACUGCACUCAUGUCUGUAUUCUUAACUCAUGAAACGUGGCGCAACAAAAUUUUUCUUGUGCUGUUUUCAGAUGCCUUUCACAAGUAUUUAAACCUUUGAACCCAGAGCAAAAUGACGUGAUUAUACAAAAAAACUGGGG